AUGGCGGAGGUAGGCGGCGACAAAGGUCCUCUUUGUCUCGCAGUUAUCAUCGCCACAUUAGCCGUCGGAGGCAUCCUCGUCUUUACUCGUGUUUUAACUCGUACCGUUAUCAGACCACAUUUUGGAUGGGACGAUAGUCUCAUAGUCAUUACUUGGUUUAUUAUUCUGGGCUACAAUGUGUGCAUGUUCGUCUCAAUCAACCGAGGUUAUGGUAAACGCAGCGCGACCUUGACGGAAGCGCAAGUUACCUCGGCGACUGAAGCAGAAGUUAUCGGCCAAUUUUUCGCCAUCAUCUCAUUCCCCUCCGGCAAAGCCUCUAUCGCAUACCUGUUACAACGUAUUUUCCCCGGCAAGAAAUUACAAUGGUUUUUGUGGACAUUUGUUGCCGCCAAUGCCAUCUGUUUCUAUGUUGACGCCAUCUUGAUUUUGGUCCAAUGUCAGCCGGUGGCAUUUCAAUGGGAUCAUACGAUUGAGGGAGGCAAAUGCUGGGACUCAAGAGUUAUUAUUGACUGGGGAUUUCUCACUGGCACUACUGGCGCCCUUACGGACUUUUGCUUUGCCGUCCUGCCUUGGUUUUACCUCAGGAAGCUCCAGAUGGGCCUCAAAGAGAAGAUUACUAUUGGCGUUGCCCUGAGCAUGGGUUUCUUUGCCACUGUUUGUUCCUGUCUCAAAAUCUAUUAUACUUGGACCUUGGGUUCGCACCAAGACUUCACUUAUGAUACUGUUCCUCUAGUUAUUUGGUCUUGUGUGGAGCUGGCCUCCAUCAACAUCGCUGCUUGCAUUCCCACUCUCGGGCCGCUCUAUCUAUGGCUCGUUGGCGGUAGUCAUGCCCAGAGCACAAAGGCCAAAUCCGAAUAUGAGUCAAAACAUGGGACGGGCUCUGGGGGAUUCGGACGAUUGGCACACCGGAGUGGUAGAGGCAUUGAACUCGAAUCACUCGAUGACCGAGCUUUCAAUAUCUACCAAUCUAAAUCGUACAGAGUUAGUUUUGAAGACCGCGAUGACAAACCAAUAAAGCCUACAGAAACGGCUCAGACGACGCAAACGACGCAGACGAUACAAACAGAUGCCGAUGCUGGGGCUACUAUUACGGUUCAACAUGCUUAUGCUUAUUAAAAACUUGAUAAUGAAUACAACGUUUGAUUAGCGUUCGUCAUUGUACUCGUAUAUGAACUCGUAAAAGACCUUGGCAAGCUUGGUCGCGUACAAACGAUCGCACAUAUAAGCGGCUCGUGGGCCAUGAUUGCACUCCACGUGGGUAUUCUGUAUCCACUGGCUGUUAUGUGAUUGAGCCCGAUGGAUCAUGGCCAAAUAAGAGGUGGAGAUAAGUCCAGUGGAGUACCUUGGCACCUUGGAUAGGGUUUACAAAAGUGCAAUAAGUGCAUUCAGAGCUAAGAAACAAGCAUAUAGUGAGCAAGGCUCCUAAGGUUGAUUAAAUUUCCCCAGAUAGAUCCGGUUUCUCCAGGUAGGCUAACCGAAUAGACCAUAUAUCCUUG